AUGGAGGACGAUGAUGACUCUCAAGCUCAACCACUUCCUACUCAACAGAACAAUGUAGACGAUAUGACGGUCGACACCACAAGUGCUACUGAAACUGAGGAAAUGGAAGUAGAAGACUCGACGACUAAUGCUGAUAUCCACUCGCUGAUGCUAAUUUCGGGGGCUCGUGUCCCAACCAUCCUCUACGUGCUAGCACCCGUUCCAGUUAUCCCAUGGUUUCCUCAUCCAAUGCGAGCUCUAGUCAGACAAUACGCAUGGUUAUGCUACCCGCCAGUUGUCCUUGAAGACCGUCUACUUUUCAGCGGUGAUCGCACUCGCCCUUACCGACUGGAAUUCCGUCAAGCUCGACUGUUGACAAAUGGAUCCGAUCAUGCUGUGGAUCUUCCCAACGCUUCCCUGGUGAUCAACCUGAUAUUGAGGCUGAUGCAGUACCAGAGAGCAAAAGACAACGUGUCGACUCAUACGAAAUCGCUCUUGCUGUAG